AUCCAUCCGUUAGGGGGCGGUAAUGUAGACAUGAUGGUAUAAACGCAGUAGAAGAAGAAGAAGUUGCGCGUGUUGAUUAUGUGCAAUUCCAGCGAUCUUUUCUAUAAAACUUUAUAAUUUUAUACUGAUGAUUUUAUUAUUUGUUGUUCAACAAAGAUGAGCACUCAAGCUGUGCGGCUUUUCCGUAAACUGGACGGACUGUUUGCUGUGUACAAACCGCAGGGAGUUCACUGGAAGCUUGUUCGUGACACCAUUGAGUCACAUUUACUCAAAGAACUGAACUCUUGCCCUCCACCCGCUCCUCGGAAGGCUGUGCAGUUCCAGCUUUUGUCCAGUGGAGAGAACAGAAGCUGUACAGAUCUCAUAUUAUCACCCUCCAUGGUUCCCUCUCUAUCAGAUCAUCCUCUAGUGACAGGACCACAGUUUCACAAAGUUCACGUUGGAGUUGGACAUCGCUUGGAUGCCUUUUCCUCGGGAGUAUUAGUUUUAGGUUUGGGGAAAUCAAAUGGACUACUUGAGCAUCUGUGCAAAUCACAUGUAACCAGGGACUACACACUUGAUGGGCAGUUUGGAAUGGCCACAGAUGAUUUCUCUCACACAGGUCGAAUCAUAGAGAAAACAACAUACGACCAUGUCACCCAGGAUAAGUUAGAGAGAGUCCUUGCCAUGAUACAAGGAGCCAAUCAGAAAGCUUUAAUUACGUAUUCUCAUGUAGACCUACAGACUCAAGAGGCCUAUGAGCUUGCACUGAGGGGUUUAUUGUAUCCUGAUGGUAAAAGUCCUCCUAUUCUGACUGGCCUGCGAUGCAUACAUUUCAAACCACCACAUUUUACUUUGGAGGUUCAGUGCGUAAAUGAGACUCAGACGUAUCUACGCAAAUUCAUUCACGAGGUGGGAUUAGAGCUGCGGACGACUGCGGUCUGUUCCGGAGUGCGUCGGACAAGAGAUGGUCCCUUUAAAGUAGAGAAUGCAUUGACACGCCAACAGUGGACUAUUGAUAACAUCGUACAAGCGAUCGGUCACUUUCGAGGCACUGCUCGCAAAAUCAGGAAGUCUGGAAUGUACAGACAGACUGCUGCCCAAUCAAACACAAGUACAGAGCAAGAGCAAAGAAACCAAGAGCAUCUUGACAUCCAAAAUUUAACUUGUGAUACGAUUGUAGACGGAGAGUUACCUGAAACACAGGAUGAAAGGAGAACAAAAUGUUAAGCAAUUUUAAUAUUGUACCUAAUUGAAAGGAUUUCGAAUAUUUAUGUUUGUAUGUUGAUUAAAUAAUGAAUUUAAUUUA